UCUGUUGAGAGUGUAGCUGUAUAUUUAUUCUCUGAUCAGAUUAAGGCUGGUUUUGCGUUUUAUAUGUUGUUUUUUUUUAACCUGGUUUAAGGAAAAACAAGUUGUUAGAAGAGUUUAGUGUGUUAGGAGAUCUCAAGUCGAAGCCAGAGGGAAUCUGAUGGUGCAGUGGUUUGUUGCUUUAGUGCUGUGGCCUGUGUGUGAGUGAAACAAUGAAGGACAGAAGGCUGCUUUAUUAGGGACACAUGAGUGCAGAUCAGGAUUUACACACAGUUUAUUCAUCUGGGAUGCUGUUCAGUCCCAGGAUCAUCCCUGUGUAGGGUGUAGUGGCUGCUGUCUAUCUGCUCUAGCUCUCCAUCCGGUUGCACUGGAACCUCUCUCCUUCUGUAUUUAUUCAUCUUGAUAUUGUGAUGGAUUUCCCCUUCGAUCUGAACUCCCUGUUCCUGGAGAGGAUCUCAGUCCUGGAUUACAAUCUUUGUGCUGCUCGGAAACGUCAUGGAAGACCUGAAGCCCAGAAUCAGACUGUCACUGUUAUUGAUGAGUUAGGGAAAGCCUCAGCCAAGGCUCAGAAGCUGCCUGCGCCAAUAACAAGUGCAGCAAAGCUUCAGGUCAACAGACAUUACCUCUACCUACUGAAGGACGGAGAGCGGAACGGAGGUCGUGGAGUUGCAGUAGGAUACCUGAAGGUCGGAUACAAGAAGCUCUUUCUGCUUGACCAGCGGGGGACACAUGUGGAGACCGAGCCCCUGUGUGUGCUGGAUUUUUAUGUGACUGAGAACUUGCAGAGACACGGAUACGGGCUGGAGCUGUUCCAAUUCAUGCUGGAACACAAGAAGGUGGAGCCUGAACAGAUGGCUUAUGACAGACCUUCCUCAAAAUUCCUGGCCUUUCUAGAGAAACACUUUGAACUUAAACACAGUGUACCUCAGGUGAACAACUUUGUGGUGUUUGAGGGCUUCUUCAGGAACAGAUCAGCCCCCCAGUUGAGAAAAGCUCCUCCAAAAAAGCCAGAGGGAGAGAUCAAACCAUAUUCGCUAAUGGAGAGAGAGGCUGUGAGAGAGGAGCAGAAGGCCCUCCCAUGGCCGUUCAUCCGCUCCACGGCCGUUCCUCAAUCUCCUCCUCUGGCGGCAUCCUCCCCGUUCUCUCGCUCCCUGAGCGUGGGCUCGUCCCCCAGCCACACUCCUCGUCCUCAACUUCACAUUCCUCCACACCUGGCCGACAACUACAGGACAAAACGCACCAGUACUCAGGGUUUGGUUGCCAGAAACAACCUCUACAGCCGCCAUGUGAACAGCAGAGGUCUCGGGCUCUUAAUAGCAGAACAGAUGAAGCUGCCAGGGUUGAAGGCAGUGCUCAGUGAGAGAGUGUGUGACGCAGGGGACCAGGCUGACACACUGGGACACACAAACACGGCAGAAAGCGCACAUCUCCAGACCAUCCUCAGACAGCGGGCCUCCGCCCAGACAGCUUUAAACGACACGAAUCACACGCUGGAUACCUGGACGGCGAGGAAGCCAAGGCAUGAGGAACGAGCAACGGAGUUUGAUAAAGAAGUCGGAACGUCCUGGACGGUCGGCGAAAAGCAAUGCACGGCCCAGUGGGUUAGACAGAAGCAUGAAUUUCGCAGCACGCGUCCAUGGUGACGUGAGCAUGAACAGGAAGGCUGGAUGGAGAUCAGAAGGGAACUCAAGGACAUGAGGGUGGGAGUAAAGUAAAACAAAACAGGGAUAAGAAAAGCUUGAGAUGAAGAGCUUCCUGUAGAACGCUAGGACGUGACCUUUUAAACAAAAUUAAGCCAUAAAGUAAGUCCACAAGAUUGAGCAGCUCGUAUUGAGCAGCUCGAGGUUUACACGUUUGUAGCCAUGCAUUAAAUUUUGUAACUAUUUAAAAACAGUGUUAUGUAACAUCAGGGAAUUCUAUUUCAAAAUAAACUAAAAGCAACUUUA